AUGAAUGUCUGCUCGAACACCAUAAAGGAUCCCCUCACGCUCAUGGCGAUGUGGGGCUCCAUGAAGGGGUACAACCCGGAGCAAGGGUUCAGCUUCGAGGGUCCGGAGAAGCGCCUCGAGGUGAUUGUGCGCUGUACACCGGAGACACACGUGGAUGGGCUGCGCAGCCUCGACGACUCCGUGUGGUCCGGUGUGGUUGGCUCGCUCAACGCGCAGAUCGUGUCGAGGGAGUCGAACGAGUACAUUAACAGCUACGUUCUGACCGAGAGCUCUCUCUUCGUGAUGAAAAACCGCAUCAUCCUUAUCACAUGCGGCACCACGACACUGCUUAACAGCAUCCCCAACAUCCUCGAGGCAAUCAGCGCGGUGCGCGGGGAGCUGGAGUGGGUGUCCUUCAUGCACAAAAACUACUCCUUUCCGUGGAUGCAAAAGGGACCGCACACGUCCCUGGCGGACGAGUUCGCGACACUGAAGCAGCACUUCCCUACUGGCAAGCCCUACAUCUUCGGCCCUGUGGACAGCGACCACUACUUUCUCUUCUGUUACGACGACAUCAUCCGCCCCUGCAGCUCCGAGGACGACACACAGCUCAGCAUGACUAUGUACGGGCUGGACAAGGAGCAGACCAGGUACUGGUUCAGCGACCGCUUCAUCUCCACCAGCUCGGAGACGGCGGCAAUCCGCGCUGCGACGCACCUAGAUCGCGUUGUGGACGGCACGUGGACGCUACAUGACCUCCAGUUCGAGCCCUGCGGCUAUAGCAUUAACGCCAUCCGCGGCGAGGAGUAUCAGACGAUGCACAUUACCCCAGAAGAUCACUGCUCCUUUGCCUCUUACGAGACGAACAGUCGAGCGGCGAACUACUCGGACCGGAUGAAGAAGGUGCUCGGCGUGUUCCGGCCGCAGCGGUUCACCGUCAUUGUUUUCCUCGACCCCGAGAGCCCUGUGGGCAAGGCAUACAACGAAGGCAAGGGGAUCGGAGUGGAACCGGAGUACUAUCCGGAGUACAGUCUCCUCCACCGCACCACGAACGAGUUCGCGCCGGGCUACGUGGCGAUGAAGAUUAACUACGUCAGGACGGGUGCGCUGGAAGAGACAGAUGCGGCAGUGGGAGGCGCCGAAGCGGGCGCCACGGGUGGGGCCGACUAG